UUUCAGGUAGAAAAUUUGAAUCGUUGAUGAGAAACUUCAUCUUAUUCCGAAGAAAAUCGAUUGAAGAAUAAAGAUGAAGUUCGGCGAGCAACUAGCGAGCCACUUGACGCCCGAGUGGCGGAAACAAUACAUUGACUAUGAGCGGCUCAAAAAUCUAUUAUACGAUGAUAUGAUGGAGGUUCCCGCCGACGAUGACCGCCGAGAAGAGCACAUUUCCCGGCUCGACGAGAAAUUUUUCAACGAGUGCGACCAAGAGCUCACCAAGAUCAACCUAUUCUUCUCGCAAAAAAUCGCUGAAGGACAGGGAAAACAUCACGAGCUUCAAACCGAACUACAAGUGUUCAAGGAUGUUCUUGGGUCUCGCAGCGAUACCACAGGGAUCCGUAGAAGGUUCGGAGGAAAAGACAAAUUCCAUAAGGAGACCACACGGAAUGAGCAGCAGCUGAAACUCGCAUUCUCCGAGUUUUAUCUUUCUCUGGUGCUGGUUCAGAACUUUCAGCAAUUGAAUGCUACCGGAUUUCGGAAGAUUUUAAAGAAACACGACAAGCUCACUGGCAACGAACGAGGACUCGACUGGCGGAUUAAUAAAGUGGAAAAAUCGUCGUUUUUCUUGAAUCGAGAAAUUGAAACUCUGAUCACAAAUGUGGAAACCAGUGUAAUUAAUGAUUUGGAGGCUGGAAAUCGACAAGCUGGAAUGAAGAGGCUUAAGGUACCACCACUCUCGGAGAAGCAGAAGCCUCUCACCACCUUCUCCCUGGGCCUCUUCAUCGGUGCGAGCAUCAUCCUGCUCCUUGCAAUACUUCUAACAUGGAUCGCCUCCCCAGCACGACCUCAAGAACCAAAAUGGGUAGCCGUUCGUUUAUUCCGAGGACCACUACUUCUCUUCCUAUCAAUCUUCCUUUGUGGUGUGAAUAUGGCUGGUUGGGCUGCUGCUGGAGUCAAUCACGUUCUGAUCUUUGAAGUAGAUCCCAGGAAUCAUCUCUCAUAUCAAACUCUGAUGCAAAUCGCAUCCUUUAUGAUUAUGCUGUGGUCUUUUGCAGUUCUCGCCUAUCUAUAUGCUCAUAUGCUCCAUAUUCCACCAUUCGCACCUCCAUUAGCACUAAUGGUGGUUUGUCUGAUUCUUCUUCUGAAUCCAAUCGCCAAACCCGACUCGGUAUUCCACAGAAAUUCUCGAUUCUGGCUUCUGAAACAUUGCUACAAGUGCUUCACAUCACCAUUCCAUUUCGUCACAUUCACCGAUUUCUGGCUUGGAGAUCAAAUGAACUCACUGACCACCGCAUUCCUAGACUUUCAGUACUUUGUGUGCUUUUACGCUACAGAAGUUGACUACUCGAAUGGGUGGAUUGAAGUGAAGGGAAUCAACUCUACCACUGGAUCGGUUCCCUGGGGAAGUGUCGAGUUGUCGAAUGGAAAGGAUCAAUGUGCUUCUGCCGCAGGUCUUCGGUCCCUCAUGUCGAUAAUUCCGGCAAUGAUCCGUUUUCUGCAGUGCCUCAGACGUUAUAGAGAUACAAAACGAGUACAUCCACAUUUAGUGAAUGCUGGAAAGUAUUCCACGACCUUCUUUGUAGUUGCCUGUGGAGCCCUGAACAAGUACUACGAGGCUACGGAUCCUAACACCACUUCGAUCUUUUUCUACAUUUGGAUUCUGUCCUAUAUAAUGUCCUUUACCUACACCUUCCUUUGGGAUAUCUUCAUGGAUUGGGGAUUAAUCGAUCCAAGGGCUCCAAAGGAGGCAAGAUUCUUGCGUGAAGAAAUGAUCUAUGGUAGUAAAUGGUAUUACUAUAUGGCUAUCGCUCAGGAUUUUGUGCUCCGAUUGGCUUGGGUGCUCAACGUCUCGCUCGGAGAAGCUUGGACUCUUGACUCGGACUUUUUGACGACAGUAACCGCACCAUUCGAAGUGUUCCGUCGGUUUAUCUGGAACUAUUUCCGACUUGAAAAUGAGCAUGUCAACAAUUGUGGUCAAUUCCGCGCGGUGCGUGAUAUCUCGGUGAAGCCGAUUCGAAAAGGAGAUUUGGAGUCACUGCUAUCGAAAAUGGAUCAAAUGGAUGGGGUCACGCAUCGCGGACAGGAUCUCAUGGAGCGUGUCAAGAAGCAGAAGAAGUCGGCGAAGGCCUCAAGACAGCUUCUUCGUAAGAAUCGGUUCAAUCGGAUGAUUGCCGCUGCUCCGGUCGUCACUACUACUUUCAUCGACACUACUAACACCUAAUCGGGAGGUUUAGCGGGCAAAAUAUCAGGAGUUUUCGAGGCUACACGGAAACUAUACUGAAAUCAUAGAUCUAGUUUUCGUAGAUGUUUUCUCGUGUUACUUCGGAAAUUUCCCUAUUUUCUGCCCCUAAGCCUCUUUUAAAUAGGUCACAUUGACCUCUAGAGCCUCUAUGUGAGCAAAAAUGUCUGCCUGCCUGCCUGCUCACCUUUUGUAGGCAGGCGUGUAGGUAUUUAUGCCUACGUGGAAGGCCUACCCGUCCCCUUUCCCCUUCCCCCAGCGUGUGCACGGUUCACUUAACACAAUUUUUUUUCGGUUAUUACUUUUUUUUUCAAAUAUCUGUUGUUGUUUUCCCCCAAUUAUCAGGGUUUUUCUGGGUGGGAAAUAGCUGGCAGGCCACGCCCACUUAUUGGCAAGUCUGCCGCGCGGAAUUGAAAUUUUUAAGUUUUAUAUAAUUUUGAGCUUUUUCAGUGUUGGAAAUUGCUGGAAAAUCGGAAAUUGAAAAAUUACAAAAAUGCAAAUUUUUUGAAAUUCCACGCGACAUAUUUGCCAGUAAAUGGGCGGAGUCUAACUUGAGGCUAAUGCAAUUUUGCUCUGUUGCACGACUUUUUUCGGGGGUUUUCUUGACUUAAAAAAAAAUCGUGAAAAAAAACAAUAUGUCAGAAAAUUUGAAUUUCCGAAAAAAUAAUAAUAAAAAAAUAGAAAAAAACGAGAAAAAUCGCGAAAUUUUGCAUCUGUGCCAAUUUCUCUGUUUCAGGCCGAUCAGCGAUUCGUUCCGCCCACUCUUGAACCAAUCAGCGUCUUCGAACUCCGCCCACUCUAUCUGAUUGGUUCAAAAAUGGGCGGAGCGAUGCGCUGGUGGUCUGAAACAGAAAUUUUGAAAAAUCUAUUUAUAUAUAUUUUUUACAUCGCAACUUUUUUUCAGUUUCUUUGUGAUAUUUCUGUAGCUUGUAGCAAAAACGCUUUGAGAUCCUGAAAUUUGUGCGAUAGAGCACAAUCGCAUCAUUUCCUCCAAUUUCUCAACCCAAAAACACGCCAUUCCAUUUUUUCAUUCCAUCGUCCCCGCCACAAAGCUUUAGUGCUCAUCAAUGACGUCACUUUCAUGUUUCUAGUCCCUCUUUCUCCGAGUUGUUUUUCAAUGUUUUCGCAAUUUUUUUAAAAGAUUUUUAGAGAGUUGAUAUAUAUAUAUAUAAUAAAUU